GCACAUCAAGACCUUCGGGAUCGUCUGGUGUUUCCAUUACAGAUGUUUGUCGGUCAAAACGUCCCAACGAUAGGAGACAACGCUCACUGGAGGGGUUUCCAUAAAACAGAAUAUAUACGGCUUCCCUCUCUCUCCAUCGUUUCCUUGGAGCUCCUGCAGAGCGCUGACCUGUGACAUGAAAGAGUUGGACCUCUCGCUUUGAAUGGAUCCGGAUUCGCCCCAGGUCAAGAGGCAUGUUCGAGGAUCAUUACCUUCCUGCUGCAGUUUUUCGAGGUACGACCACAUGUGCAAACCAAUGUGUGUGCAGGGUUUAGGGACAACAGAGUUAGGGAGAGUAUGCAUGCUUCUCUGUUUGUUGAAAGUGUGUCAGAGGGAGUGGAGGAGGAAGACGUGGAAACAGGAUGCAAUAUAGGAAGGAUAAGACAGUUAAAGCAUCUACAAACACACACAUGCACCGGUUCUCCUUAUCGUUUCUUUUCAGGUAGCAAACUGCACUAUCCAGGUUUAUGGUGGACCAGUAGAAAUGUCAAACUAAGAGCUUCUGCAGUGAAGACAUUUACGGUGUCAGAGGGAGCAGAAAUAAAAGCCGCCUUUGAUGCAGACAUAUAGAUAAAACAUCUGCAUUAUUUACGGUGGAAACCAAAGUUUCUGCUGAAGCCAGCUCUUCAGAUCAAACAUUUGAGUUAGAAAUAAUUAGAUUUGACUCCCUCAUUUAUAUUAGGCUAGAUUAGGAUAAUACAUCACAAGCUUCUGAUUAAGAAAUCAAAGAUCUCUGGCUGUAAUGACAUGGUCUGCCUCCUGAUAUUAUUACCCUUCUCCUUCAUAACAUGUGAUAAGAUAAUUCUGCAUUUUAUCUAAUAAGCUCCUGACAUUUGGAUUUAAUUGAAUGCCUAUGGCGAGAGGACGAGCCGGGAUCACAUUCUUUAAAUUGUCUUCCCGUUGUGUGACUUCAAAACAACUCAGAAAAUGAUCCUCCAGAGAAAUCUUUGACAUCUUUUAUCCAAAUUCUUGUAAUGUCGUCAACCCACUCGGUCUCCCUCUGCCGCUGUGAGCGAACAAUAUUGCAAUGCAUGAGUAUAGGCAGGAAGAAUGCAACAACAGAAAGGCAUUAUGGGAGAAAUGAUUGCAUUUGAGUCCAGGAGGAAUGUGCCAGAGACGGGCUGAAGCGGAGCAUUUGUUCACAGUGGGAAGGGAUGACAAACAGUGGGCGGCUGGUGAUGUAGCCGCAGGGCUCUGACACCCAGGCAGCAGGCUGGAGACAUGAAAUGAAAGUUAAAGGAACUGGCUUUAAAUUUUGAUUUAUAAAGAGAAAAUAAGCUUAAUAUGACAUCUGGGUUGAGGUCGAUUUGACCUGUUUAGGCCUUGUGGGCUACAAGGAUGGCUGGCAGUGAGGAAUGCAGCAGUGCCCUGCAGAGAGGCCAAUGAAAAGCAGAGCGCUGGUGGCUCCUGGCCGGCAUAAAGAAGCCCACUUGGCAGUAAAGCUGGGAGUCAUGUGCCUCCAUUUAAAUGAGAAGGGAAGAAAGGAAAGCGAGGUUGAGAAGGGGAGGGAGAGAAGUGCAGGCUGAGCUAAGAAGCUGGGGACUCUGCCAAGCCGAGACACUUGAGGAAUGCAACAGCAGCAGGAGCAGCUCUUGCUUUGCAGUAAUACCAUUACGGUUACUGGUAUCUGAGUCAGGAAAACAGUCCUUCUAGUCUAGUCAGCAUGUCUUCUCGCCAGUGUAAACAGACCACCAUCACACCAAUCAGGGAGGGAAAGUAAGAGCACAAUCUCUGCAGAGACGUCGACUCUCUCAUUAGAACCCAAGCUUAGAAUCAUUAGUUCUUAGUGUCUGUUUUUGAAUCCACGUGUCUGCACAUCUCCACACGCCGCUGCAUGCAUCCAGUGUUUGGGACUUGUGAUCAUUGUCUUGUCCUGUCAACGUUUGUGCAGUUGUGUGCAAAGGCGCGAGGCAUGUGGUGUGACUCCUCCAGCCCUGGCAGUUAGUUAAUAAACACAGGCCUGUCAACAGCUGCUGGUGAUGUAAUGUGGAACUUCUCCUCACUCUCCUUAUCCUCCCGCCCCACCCCACCUCCCUCACUCCCCCCUUCCACCACUACCUCCCUCUCCCACCCUCUCUCUCUCUCUCUCUCUUCUAUUUACAAGUCUCACUGGGUGUUGCUGCAGACUUCCAGCACUGCCAGCACAGAUAGUGUGUUUAAGAGUGUAUGUGUGUGUUUGCGCGUGGCGUCUCUCUCUCCCCCCCUCUCCCCCAGACUGCAACACUUCCAGGGGAAUUUACGACAGCAUGUUUUCAGCUGCCAUCAAAGGAAAUUCCACAUCAUCAGGUUGUCUUCCUAACCAAAACACCUCUGAGGGUCUGGGAACUACAGAGCCGGCUACUAACCUGUUGAGUGGAGGGGAUCCGGACGGCGCUGAGGCUUCACAGGUGUGUGGAUCGCUGCGGGGCAGAGAGAGCAUGAGCAGACACCUGGAGAGGAGAGAGCAGUUAAAGAGAUUAUCCCUUGACAGCAGCGAGCCGGAAUACAUGGACGCCAACAAAUGCAUCGACGAGCUCCUCAAGCAGCUAGAGGAGGAGCGUCGAAACGUCCGAAGGGAAAAGCUGGCCGUGGCUCGCCUGCAGAGGGAAGUCGCACGGAGCAAGAGCGAAGGAACAAUGCGAGAAAAGCUGAUCCACGAGCUAGAGGAAGAGCGACGUUUGCGACUGGAGAGCGAGAAGCGUCUGCGGGAGGUGACGGAGGAGUCCGAGCUGGGACGGGCGCAGAUGGUCUCACUGCAGCAGAAAUUCUCCAGGAUGGAAGAGACGGUGCGGUCGCUGCUGCAGAAUCAGGGCGUCCUGGAGCAGACUGCCGUGGACACUGUUGACAUCAUGAAGGCCUACAAGGAUAAACUCUCAGAGGAAGUGCGGAAGCAGCACGAAGGCCCCGAAGAGAACGGCUCCCCGCCGGCAACUCAAACGGAGCCAGACUCUGGGAUCGCCGAUCCUGAUGCCAGCCAAUCAGAGGAGGACAAAGACACAGCCAAGCCUCUUCUAGAGCGCCUCAAGGCCCUGGAGGAGAAGAACACUGUGUUGGCCUCGGAGAACGAGAGCCAGAGGGAGCAGUACGAGCGCUGUCUGGACGAGGUUGCAAAUCAAGUCGUGCAGGCUCUCCUCACCCAGAAGGAUCUGAGGGAGGAAUGUCUGAAGCUGCGAACUCGUGUGUUCGACCUCGAGCAGCAGAACCGAGCGCUGAGCGUUUUGUUCCAGCAGCGGAUAAAGCCUGCUUCUGACCUGCUCCUCCAGAAACUCCACUCUCGGAUCAUGGAUUUAUCCGCGGCUGAUUUGCUCCUGGAGCCGGAGAGAAGCAAGGCCUUCCUGCUGUCCAGAAACACAGAAUCUCCCUCUAAUGAGGUUCAGCUGAAUGGAAAGGCAGGUCUCCCUGUGGCCAAGUGUCUGAGCCAGCUGAGUCUGACAGUGCCAGCGCCUGUGUACCCUCGCAGCAGCUGCAGCAGUAGUGAGUUGUCCCUGUCAAGUGCGUGCAGCGAAUUCUCCAGCGGCUCGUAUACCUGGAAUGAUGGACGCUCCGGAGGGAAAAUGUCAUCUCUGACCUGGGAGAAGAGGCUGAGUCUGGGUUCAUCCGCUCCAAGCAAUAUCUGUGACUCCAUGGAGGAGCAGCAGCCCACGAGGCGCAAGGAGAGCCACAUCCUAGAGGGACUGAGAAAGCUCCAGAGGAGGAAACACAGGAGCUCUUCGUUCUCAUCCAAGGUCUCCAAGUCAGGAUACAAAGACUGCAUGAACUCCAACGAGGGCAUCUACUCUCUGGGUAUCAAGAACUCUGGUAAAGGGGUAACCAAGCCGACUCAUGUGGGUCGAGGUUUAGCCGUCGCGGGCAAGAAGUUCUCGUACGACUCUGAUGAUGCAGAUGAUGAGCUGGCGCACUCAGGUCGAGGAGACAACAUCCCCACGAAGGACAACUGGUUUUACUGUAAGAGACUCUCACACAGCAUCUCGGACAGUCUGUGCAGCUGGGAGGGGACUCAGGAGAGUACGGGGGGAGGCGGAGGAGACGGCAGUGCUGGUCCUGUGACUACACAGCCUCUCGGGUACGACUCAAAAGAGCGCCCUGAGAAACUCAUGAGUUUCAUCAACAGCUUCCUCCCUGAAGGAGGGCGGAGAUCAGCCUUUAGUAAACCAUCCAAGCUACACUUUAACCCUCCUGAACCAGAGCCUCCUCAUCACCACUCUGAUGUGGACGAUCCAGACGAGUCCAAGUCUGAAUCCAGCGACAUCCGAAUGUCCUUCAGCCAGGCCGCAGAGCAAGCAGAGAGGGACUCCAAGAGGCUGUCGAGAGAUGCUGCAAAGCUGCUUAAACAACAGUGGUUAGGGAGGGACCAGGUGCGCACCCAGUCUGCUGAUGGGAGGCCGAGACCUUUCAGUCUUCUUAAGGAGCCCAAAGCGUCCAAGUCGAGUCAGUCUGAAGAGAGCAUCCUGGCCAUCUUUGAUGCAGAGGGAGAGCCCAUUGAGCUUUGUGCACAGAAGCUCACACCUGAUGCAGGGCCUCGAAAUGACAUUAAGGGUACAAAGGUGGUUCCCACUUACGCAGAACUCCUCCCCAAAGAGAGGCCAACAAGACAGAAGCCUGCAAACACGAGGAACUACUCUGUUCUUGAGUCUCCAGAGAAGCCGUCUGAAUAUCAGGUCAGGGUGAGCAAGUUAAGCAGCAGCAGGGAGAGCAGUGCAGAGAGGCUGUCCAUGCCGCUGACGCCUCAAAGGAAACUAAUCAAACCUCCAAGCAGCCGACCCUCUAAAGCCCACGUCAUCCCUCCAACCAACGAUUCUGCUGGUGCCAAGUCUGGUGGUUCAAAGAUACCCGGUCGAAGCAAACCUGCAGGAUCCCCACUCAAGUUUUCUAAGGGCUCCACCACUGAACUCAGUAUCAGUGGAAACUCAGGACCCUCCGGUCAGGAGAAAUCCCCCUCCUCUCCUACAGUCAAGCUGUCCAGGUUCAUCAAGGCACCGGGAACUUGCUCACAGAGCCCGAAGGCAGUAAACUCCAAGCUCCCCGGCAGGGCCGAAUGGACUAAGGGCUCCUCCUCCAGUUCCCCACACCUCCCGAGGAAACACCUGGAGUACGCUGACAACGGAGAACAGCCAACCAGGGACAAACACUGUGAACCCAGCAAAAACAAACUCAGGUCGCCCUCUCCUCCCCCUCCCCCGGGCCGCACCACCUCCUUACUGAUCAGACCAAAUUACGAAGGGUCACCUCAAGCACAUAAAACAUGGGUGGCUCAACCAUCCACACCAACCACUGUGAGGGGCCCUCCCCCAAGUUACCAGACCUCACUCUUACCAAAUAUGCAAAGUACGCUGCCCAUCAAGGAUAAAGACUGUUUAGACAUGGAUGCAGGCUACGGGACUGCACUUGCACCUCAGAAACUGGUCGACAAAACCAGUCAGCACCUUCAAAAGUCCCCCGCCAUGACUCAGACACCCACUAAAGGCACUUCCAAGAAGAUCACCACGAAAGACUACCUCCCUCCUGCAAACUCAGGGUGUGCUCCAGAAACUGAAAAUGCACCUAAAAGCUCAAAGAAUGUCCCUCCUCCCUACAGUGCCCUCAGAGGGUCCUCCUUUCAGAACUCUUUUGCAAAUAAAAGAGGACCAGUUCAAGAAAAUGUCCACAGCACAGCUCAGAAGACUUCUAUAAGUUUACCAAUAACGCUUCAGGAGUCCCCUCAAGGUAAACCAGAACCCCAGAGUGGUAAAGCCAUCAUCAGCCCGCCCAGUUCAGUCAUAACCUCCCCAAACACAGAGAAAGCCUCAAAGACUCGCAUCCCGAUGGGGUUCAAAGCCUUCUUAAAAUCCCCUCCCAGCCAUAAAACCAGUCCCUGUAUUCCAGGCAAGCAGGAGAAAGAUCAUAUCAACUCAGUCUCAAAGGAGACCGUGACUUCCACUGCGUCCCCCCAGUAUGACAGCCUGCCACCACCUUACAGUGUCGAGCCCCCCAAGAUGUCCAGUACAGAGGGGCAAGGUGAAGUCCAGAGCAGGUUACUGGAGGAAGAAGUCCAAGCUGUGGUACCAGAGGAGGGGGACGCUUGUGAUAGCGGGAAAAGGGGAAGCCAGCUUUUCUCCAGAUCCAUAUCCAUCACCACCAAACCUCAUCUGAAGCCGGCCCUGGGGAUGAAUGGAGCCAAAGCUCGCAGCCAGAGCUUCAGCACCAACUACAUAGAGAAACCCAACAUCAGCUCUCUGGAUGGACCGGGGAAAAUCCGCACUCAGAUCAUCACCAACUCAGGCGAGAGGGGGAACUCCUUGUCGAGGCAGACUUCCUUGGAGGUGCCCGGCGUUGGGUUAGCUGAGAGUCCUGUCCAUUCCCCCAGGAGUCGGCUCAGCCACUACGGAGGCAUGACAGCGUCAAGUAGUCACAACAUCCUCCCUGAGAGAACCUCUAAACCAGGGUCUAAAGGUGAGGCUUCACAAGGAACAGGAAAAGGAGAGGCUGUUAACUCACCCUCUCAGAAAGAGGCUCGCAGUUUACCCAUCAGCGAUAAAGCCGGUUUGAAAAACAUCCGAAAGCCAGCAAAAGUUGCGUCUCACCCUCAGUUUCAGCCAACGUCCUCUUCUGUGUACACCUCAGAGAACCAGGUACGAGAAACUGGAGGCACAGGGAUGACCCCCAAUGAGGCAGACUUCAGCAGGGAAGCAAAAACCCAGACAGACUCGGAUGUGGAGGAGAAAAAACUCAGCCCAGGCUGCACCAUCGAAGAGAAAGUCAUGAUGGGCAUCGAGGAGAAUCUGCAGAAAUGUCAAGAACAAGAGAAAGUUGCUGCAACUGAGGCCAAGCAGAAAACAGGCCCCUCUCUGGCAAACUGGUUUGGACUUCGCAAGAGCAAGCUUCCAGCUCUGAACGGCAAGAAAGCAGACUCCCCCAAGGGAAAGGAGGAGAAGAAAGAGCUGAAGAUCGGCUCAGUUCUCGGAGGGAAACAAAUGAAGUCUGACAAGAAAAAGGAGAAGAAGCAGAAAGACGGCCAGGAGGUGCAGAAUAACUCUGAGAUGAACAACAAGCUGAGCUCCAUCAUGGACCACUGCAACAAUCAGAUGGGUCAGAUCGCCAGUCAGAUCCAGUGCACGACCGCGUUCAUCGGCAAAGACCAGUUUGUGAAGGAGCUUCUCGGCAAGACCGCUGUGAAGGGCAACUCUCUGGCUGCCUCGCCGCCCGGGAUCUCCUCGCCCAAGAAACACGGCGAAAUGAAGGGAGAUAUGGAGAUCUGCACAGAUACUGCUACACUUUUAAUGACUCAGAAGAUCAACCUGAGGGCUGAAAACGAAGAGGGGCGCAUCCCAGACACGGCAUGUCAAGACCACAUGAUCGGCUCCGGCUGUCAGAUGAGAACUCUGGACAGCGGGAUUGGCACCUUCCCUCUCCCCGAUUCAGUCACUCGGUCCAGCAGUCGCCACAUCCCCAAAUCUGAAUCCAGUCCCGAUGCGGUGACUGCCGGCUCCUCCGAGCUCGAUCGGGAGCCUCCCUCUUCUCACCCAGACCCCUCACAACCUGAUGUGAAAGUGCCUUCCCUCCCAAAAUCUCGCCUGCAUGCUCCCACCAGCUUGGGUCACUCCCUGUCCGACCCCACUGUGACCUGCAGCAGCAAGACGCAAGACACCCAGAGCCGCCUGCCCAAGUUUGGAACUUCAGACGCAAUCAGGACGAAGAGGUUGAGUCUUGGGGCUCCUCGCUGUAACAUCUCUGCAGAGGACAAAGAGAAGGAAGCAGAGAGGAGAGGGAAAAACAAGGAGCAUGACAUCCCUGCUGAGAGAGUCCUGCAGGUGUGCACGUACUCGGGGAGCAGCGACUCAGAGGCCGACCCCGAGGGGAGCAGUUUGGGUUCACCUCAGAGGACCCUCGUGUACAGAGCCAAGAAGAGAGACUCAGUGGACCACAACGAGGAGACCCUGAAGAGAGGCAGUGUGGAGAGGCCGCUGUCCAUCAUGGACUACUACCAGCACGACGUCUAUUCACAUCUGGAGAAGGACAGCAGGAGGAUCUCCCAGUACAACCUGUUGCACAAAGAGUCGUCCCUCGAUGGGAAGGCAGGAGACAGACUCAGCAAGGAGAUACCCAUGGAGAAGACGCCCAUCAGUGGGAGCCAGCCGGGGUCUCUGGACUUCUCUUUGGAGUCCUUGAACAAACUGAACCACAGCAGCUCCAGCAGUGGCAGUCUGUAUCCGGACACGGGCUCGGGCAGCCGCAGAGGGGACUGCGUCGUCGAUGCAGGGAAGAGCGUGGAGGACUGCUGCAAGCUGGACGAGCCGUCUUCCUCCAGUUUCUCCAGCAAGCCCGGGGUGGAUCCCGUGGGUUCACUCAGCGACUCGCUGUACGAUAGCUUCUCCUCGUGCACCAGUCAGGGCUCCAACGACGUGUAGGGGCGACAAGAAGCUGGGCUUGAGACCACUUCCCCACUUCUUGGACAACAAUUCCGCAUGCAUUGAUUGGUUCAAUGUUGAAGUCGCAGUAGAUUGUAAUCCUUGUUGAACCUCAAGAUCCCCCAAAGCAGUAAUGUUAGCUUUUGCAACUAAAAAAACACCCAAGAGGACUCGGUUUGUUGACUUUGGUCCAAACCUCCUUCAGGGUUGGUCUUGAUUCGAGCAUGACUUUCGCCUAAUCUUGGAAAUGACUCAAACUGGACUCUGCUGGUCUUGAAUUCAGCCCUGCUGCAGAACGUGGAGAGCCCUGUCCUCACAACACGAAGCACUUAGUAGAGCUAAAAGACAUGAGGACUGACCCUCGUCCAAAACGCCGAACGAGGACUUUUCCGGUUUGACUCUGGGUUUGGUGGACUUGACAGCAAUACACAUUGUCUCAUUGCAAUUUUUAGUUUCCUCUUCCCCCUUGUUGCUGGGGGAACUUCUUAUCAUUGCACUGUAAGAAAUUCUGUAUAAAGUUUGUAAGGAGUGUAAAGUGAAUGAUGAUUCAAGCAGUCUCUGAUGAGCAACGUUGGAGUGAAGUUGCAACAUUUGAUUUGAUAGCACUCAGUGUGCUAGAGACUCGAUUCAACCUAAGGUGUCGUUUUUAUGUUUGCUGCUAAGUUUGUUGCCCGUUCAUGUUUGCCCAAAAACACAUCAUAACACAACUGGCUCAUCUUUUUUUUUUUUUACUUGAUUUUAAAGCAAUAUUUUUUAAAACUGCAUCAAAAAAUCACAAUAUUUUCUUUAUGUUUGUGUUCAUGUUCAGUCAGUUUUUGUGUCGAACCCGUUGCCAAUCUUGUCUUUGUGUGUUAUUUAACUAGAGAUGCUUGAUAUUGAUUUUUAAAGCCGAUACUUGUUACUGAUAAUUCCUGACUUCUCAUUGCAGAUAUCAAUAACGCUGAUCAUUUCUGAGGUGGUUUUAAAAAGGAGGUCAUACCUGUGAUAUAACGUCUUCCUCUUCAACCCUAAAACAUACAUUUACACUGAUUAACAUCAAUAUAGAUGGAUGUAUAGUGAGGUACACCGAUACACAUGUAUCAGUAGAUA